AUGUCAAAGCACACAAAAACGUGAGAAUUUGGUACAGUGAGAAUGUAGCAUAUUGUAAGGACACCAAAAGCAACUGUUUGUUACAACAAUAAUUUCCCAGAAAUAACAAAGAUGGGCGCUGAUCAAGUUUGAGUACAAUUUCUUUUUAUCGGAGAUAAAAAGAUACAAACAAGCAACAUGGAAAUGGCUACAGAGUCACUGAUCAAAAGCCAAACGAGAAAUGUCUCUCCACCAUAUUUGACAAGGUUAUUAAUCUAAGGAAAGUUAGCAUCUUCGUUCACAGGACUGAGACAGAGAGCCCGAUUGAGAGUUCACAAAGAGAACAUACAGUGAGGCCAAAACAACUCACCUGAAUCCUAAUUCCUCUUCCUACACGUUACAACAUAACAGUAAUGAGAAAUUUCAAAGUUUAAACCCUGAGAAUCUGCAGCUUGGAGGAGAAGGCUAUGGCCACCCAGUCGGGUUGGGUCGAAGACCACUGCAGCUGCUCGAUCUCUGCCCCUGCCGUGUAUGCCAAGAUCGGGUCCAAUCCACCAUCUGCCAUACCGGCCCCCUGUUGCACGCCAUUGCCGCCCAUCGAAGACAGGUCCCAGAUGAGCGCCUGUGAGUCGUCCCCAGCCGUGCAAAUGUGGCAUGAACUGUGCGGGGCCCACGCAAUGGCAUUGA